UCUCUCUCUCUCUCUCGCUCAGUCACUCUCAGUCUAUGGUUCUCAAGAGCGCGUCGCGUGGUUAUGGAAGAUGGCGAGCGCCGAGACAGCAGCAGAGCACGAGCGAAUCUUGCGUGAGAUUGAGAGCACAGACACUAACUGCAUCGGGCCAACACUCCGGUCUGUUUAUGAUGGACAGGAACAUGGACUCUUCAUGGAUAAACUGGAGGGGCGGAUCCGCAAUCAUGACCGUGAAAUUGAGAAGAUGUGCAACCAUCACUUCCAGGGCUUUGUGGACUCCAUCACUGAGCUGCUCAAAGUGCGCGGAGAAGCCCAGAAACUCAAGUGUCAGGUGACUGAGACCAAUCAGAAGCUCCAAAAUGAUGGCAAGGAGCUCCUGACAUCAAUGGAUGAGCUGAGACAGUGCCGUCUGCAGCAGAGGAAUAUCGCCACCACCAUUGACAAACUCACACACUGCUUACCAGUGCUGGAGAUGUACAGCAAACUGCAGGAGCAGAUGAAGGCCAAACGAUACUACCCAGCACUACGAACCCUGGAACAGCUGGAGGAGAGUUGUUUGCCUCAAGCGGGAUCGUAUCGUUUCAGCGCCAUCAUGGCAGAGAAUAUCUCACGCCUGCGCACAAUCAUCAGAGACGUCUCCAUGUCUGACCUCAAAGACUUCCUGGAGAGCAUCCGCAAACAUUCGGAUAAAAUCGGAGAGACUGCCAUGAAACAGGCACAGGUGCAGAUCGCUCGUGACAAUGCGGUGACGUCACAACAGCGGUCAGCAAGUGGACGGAGGAUAGGAAAGGAAGUGUGCUCAGGCACAGAAGUGGACAGAAAGGAAAGCAACCCCUUUUCAGAAAAGGACUCUGGGAUACUGGAUGUGGAGGAUGAAGAGGAAAAUGAGAUUCCUGGUGCGCAGGACUUGGUGGACUUCUCUCCCGUGUAUCGCUGUUUACACAUCUACACUGCAUUGGGUGCCCGGGACACAUUUGAGAACUACUACAGGAAACAGCGGCGAAAACAGGCCCGACUAGUGCUGCAGCCUCACUCUAACAUGCAUGAAACGUUAGAGGGGUACAGGCACUACUUCAAUCAAAUUGUCGGUUUUUUUGUAGUGGAGGACCACAUCUUGCACACCACUCAGGGCCUGGUUAACAGGGCUUACGUGGAAGAAUUGUGGGAGCUGGCCCUUUCAAAGACCAUUGCAGCCUUGCGUACGCAUUCAUCUUAUUGCACUGAUCCAGACCUGAUUUUAGAUCUGAAGAAUCUUAUAGUGCUGUUUGCAGACACACUGCAGGGUUAUGGUUUUCCAGUAAACCAGUUGUUUGACAUGUUGCUGGAGAUGAGGGAUCAAUAUGGGGAGAUCCUGCUGAAAAAGUGGAACCAGUCCUUCAGGCAAAUCUUGGAUCAGGACAACUACAGCCCCAUUCCCGUGACAUCCCCUGAAGAGUACAAACGAAUAGCAGGCCAAUUCCCCUUCCAGGAUCCAGAGCUUGACAAGAUGCCUUUUCCAAAGAAGCUACCAUUUUCUGAAUUUGUGCCUAAAGUAUACUCACAACUCAAAGAAUUCAUAUACGCCUGCCUGAAAUAUUCGGAGGACUUGCACCUUAGCUCUACAGAAAUUGAUGACAUGAUCCGAAAAUCUACAAACCUCCUGCUCACACGAACCCUUAGCCACUGCCUACAGUAUGCCAUAAAGAAGAAAAACGUAGGACUGGCAGAGUUGGUCCAGAUCAUCAUCAACACUACUCACCUGGAGCAGUCCUGUCACUACCUAGAAGAGUUCAUCUCCAACAUAACCAACGUGCCUCCUGACACCAUUAAUGCCACCAAACUCUAUGGAACCUCCACCUUCAAGGAUGCAAGGCAUGCCGCUGAAGAGGAGAUCUACACUAACCUGAAUCAAAAGAUUGACCAGUUUCUGCAGCUGGCUGAUUAUGAUUGGAUGGCAGCACAGGGAGGUGGGCAAGCCAGUGACUACCUGAGUGACCUCAUCGCUUUCCUCUGUAGCACUUUUGCAGUGUUCACUCACCUGCCCGGCAAUGCUAUAGAGCACGCCAUGCUACCUGGGAAGGUGGCUCAGACGGCAUGUAUGUCAGCUUGUAAACACCUUUCAACCUCCCUGCUGGAGCUGCUUUUGGAGGCUGAUGUCAGGCAGGUGUCUAUGGGAGCCCUGCAGCAGUUCAACGUGGAUGUCAAAGAGUGCGAGAGGUUUGCCAGGGCCGGCCCGGUGCCUGGCUUCCAGGGGGACACUCUGCUGCUCGCCUUCAUCGAUUUGAGACAAUUACUGGAUCUCUUCACUCAGUGGGACUGGUCAACUUAUCUGGCUGACUACGGCCGACCCACCUGCAAGUACCUGAGAGUCAAUCCUCACACGGCUCUUGCUCUCCUAGAAAAGAUGAAGGACACCAGCCGCAAGAACAACAUGUUUGCUCAGUUCCGUAAAAAUGAACGGGACAAGCAAAAGCUAAUAGACACUGUCGUCAAGCAGCUGAGAAAUCUCAUCGCCAGCAACCAGGCCUGAGAAAGCCAUCGCAUCGGCACACAGCCCCACGUCCUGAUGAGUUGCCACCAGACUGCGUGAACUUUGCUUGCACACCUUCAU